AUGUUCACCAGUUUUCCCACGACACCUCAAACUUCACCAAGUAUUGUAAAUUCGUUCGUGGACGACAACGUCGUUGCCUCUUGGCCAAAAGCAAACGGUAACGACCUGGUCAAAUCUCCAAUUCUUCAACAAAACCAAAAAAACCUUGAACUUUUUAAAAGGCAUUAUGACAAUAAGUCUGAUUCUGAUACAGACAGUGAAAAAAGCAGUAGUGGCUCGACGAGUCCAUUGCCGCUUGAUUCCACGUCACACGCUUCCGAUAAAAAUACAAACAUCAACAACAAUGAUACUACUGAUACCACAAAGAUUGCGUCCUCAGUGUCUCCACUAAAAAAACACGCAACAAUAGUGAACAAAGGUGAAUUCGAAUCAGAACGACACUUUUAUCCACGUGUUCUAAACGCUACAAUACAUCCGCUGGUCGCCAGUUUCUUACAACUAGGCAACGAGCGUAUUAUCGCGCGUUAUACACACCUAAACCCUCAAGUAAAAGUUCAGAAGCUCGUCGAAUGUUUGAGCUACCAACCGAAACACUUUCGCUGGGCUGGUUCUGAUCUUUUCAAUGUCACUACAUCGUCGGGACAACGCCAGAUGAUCAUCGUCGAGACGAAUUCAUGCCCAUCCGGACAGAAAUCAAUGCCACUGUUAUCGGAAACUGAAGAAUUUGGCGGGUACCGAGUUGUUCUUGAGUCGGCGUUUCAGGAAGUACUGGAGAAGGCCGAUCCAUCGUUGGGCGACUUGGCGGUCAUCUGUGAUAAAAAUUAUAUGGAGGCGUCGGGGUACGCGGCUGUGCUGGCGGAAAUUUCUAAGGAAAAAAUUUGGUAUGCCGAGUACCAUAUUAAUGAUGAUGAUCCACCGGUGAAGUGGAUUGAUCGUGUGUUGCAUGUCAGGGAUGUUAAUGGAGAAUGGCGCUCUAUUCGUGCUUGCUUCCGCUACGUUACACAAAAACCAUGGAGUCGAAUUCCUCUCAACACACGCACAUUCGUGAUGAAUCAAAUAAUCUCAUGUCUGGCAGGUGGUCGAAAUAAAAUGCUUGCCGCGCGAGCCUAUGAAUUCUUUAAUGCAGAAUUAUUAGAUUCCGGGUUAGCCGUUCGUAUGCCAGAGACGAUCAAUAAUGUCACAAAGAGUGAGAUUCCUUUAUGGUUGCAUAGCAUGGGUAGUCAUGCUGUAAUAAAAGUACCUUAUAGUAACGCAGGUCAAGGCGUAUACACAAUCACAAAUCCUCAAGAACUACAAUACUUUCUAGACCAAGAUCAUCAUUACGACAAAUUCCUUGUACAAUCACUAGUCGGGAAUGCGUCGUGGUCGUCAAUGACAAGAGCUGGCAGAUUCUAUCAUGUUGGCACUAUUCCAAACAGACGUAAUCACACCUACGUCACGGAUUUGCGUAUGAUGGUCACUGCUAACAAGAACGGUUUUCGCCCCGUGUGUCUUUAUUCACGGAGGGCACGAAAACCAUUAUUGGGUAAUUUGCAAGAUGACCUGUCGAUCACGUCCUGGGAAAUGCUCGGCACAAACCUCACAAUAAAAAAACCAGACGGUGAAUGGUCAUCAGAGCCAGAACGUCUAUUACUGAUGGACCGCAAAGAUUUCAAUCAACUUGGUCUCGGCGUCGACGAUUUGAUUGACGCGUACGUGCAGACGUGUCUCUCGGUGAUUGCUAUCGAUAAGAUGUGUGCGCGGUUGAUGCCCGAAGAGGGUAGUUUUAAUUUUGAUUUGUUCCGCGCAUUGAAUCCUGACGAGGCGUUGUUGAAUGAGAUCCUGGUGUAG